UGCUCUUUGCCUUUGCCUCCUUGGCUCCUUAGCUUCCAAGAGGAAACAUUGCUAGUUUCCCAAUAGCCCUAGUCCCCGAGUGUCAAGAACUUUAAGGCUUUAGGAUGGAGACACCCGGAGAUUCUUGCCAUGGAGAGAAAGGAAAGUGUGAGGGGGACGAGCAAGCGGAAAAGGAACCAUCAUGGGUUCAACCGUUCAAGUGCUCUGAAGAUGAUUUGCAAAGUUUGGUUAAGAGGUGCCUUCUGCAGCCGAAGGAUGCCAUCCACUGGCGGAGUGCCAUAGGAGAGAUUUCCCCAUCUAUUAGUGAUUCUUAAAUUGUUUUACUCAAUUCCUUUUUAGAGCACGGCCUCGCAUUUCCGGCUAGUGAUUUUCUACGGGGUCUUUUGUAUUAUUAUGGGAUUCAAAUCUAUCAUCUGGCCCCAUAGUCAAUCCUGCAUAUCGACGUUUUCGUUCACUUCUGAGAAACUUUUCUGGUCAUCGAACCUCAUUGCCAGUUGUUUCAGAGUUUAUACACUUUGACUCCGUUGCCGUCUUCUAAAGAGAUAGGAAGUAUUGGGUAUGCAGAUCUGCAACUGCGCUCGGAUAUGGUUGAUAAGUACUUGGAAUGGCCUGCGAAUCUGCGAUCCAUUUAGAUCUAGAGUGGAAGAGCAGUUGGUUUUAUAUUAGCAAUCCAUCUCCUGCGCUGCCCGAGUUCUCCUUUUAGCCUCCUACAUAUUUUCGCGAGUGGUUUUUGAAGAAUAGUCCUAGUACUGAAGGCCAAGUAGAGGAAUUGUUGGGCCAUACAUUCUGCUUGCGGGAAAUGAGAGCGACUGCCGCCUCUGUCCUCUUUAAUUGGAUUCAGCGCAGAGUUCAGCCUCUGCAGAAGCGUGAGAAUUUUGGAUUCCAGUACCAAGGAAGUGAAGAUAGUUCUCUGUUGUCUGCAGAACAAAUGGAACGGACUUCAGGAUUGAGAAUAAUCCGAAGCAUAUUUCCAGAUCAGCUCAGUGUUUCAUAUGUGCCCACUGUCUUUCGAGCCAAUAAUCCUCGUUCUCAGGCAGAUGUGGGGGUUUUCAAGAGCGGUCCUCUCAUCCCUGACUAUACUCAGGCAAAGAACCAGAGGAACAUCUAUAUGCCUGUGGAUGUCAAUAUUGAUGAGCCAAUAAUUGAGGAAGACCCGAUAUCGUCAUCGGACGAGUCGCCAAAUAGCCCUUCACGCGAAGGUCGCGACAAAAGUUUUGUAGAGUUCUGGUGCCUUCAGGGGCUCCCAGAUCUGCUGAUGAAACAUCAACGGGUUAUGGGCCAGAGUGCAAGUGGUUGUAGCUACUAGCAGUACCUCCACUCAU